AUGCUCAAAGAGAGGCUGGACCACAGACACGUUACCCUCGACAACCAUUUCCGGGCAACGGCCAGUAGCUCAGACGGAAUGCUGUCGUUGAGAGAUCUAAAGAAGGUCAGGAGCCUGGUGAACCGUGGUAACCUGCAGGCUAAGCCACGCCACCUGACAGCAGAGGACUGCCCCAGUGUGAUCAAAAAGAGGGUUGAGAACAUCCACGGGGACAUCCUGUCAGCGUUCCGUGUGAUGGAUCAGAACUGUGACAGCGUGGUGGACAGGCAUGACUUCAGAGAGCUGUAUGACAGUCUGGGCCUGGUCACCAAGGAGAGGGAGUACCAGCGCCUGCUGCAGCUGCUGGGCCUGCAGCCUGGAGCCAACCUCAACUACCCAGAGUUCUUCACCCUCGUUCAAUCAAGCGGCAAGACCCGCAGACAGAAUUUCAAGCCAGCCAAUGGGCCAGACCAACUGCAUGACCACCUGGUGUCCAACGCCCCGCCAAAGAUGCACUGCUAUGUCAAAGAUGGUCAGGGUCUGGUCUUCAAGAAGGACCUCAGAAUUCUCUUCUUUACCUAUGACCUCCCCAUCAGUCCUGAUGCGUUAGAGGAAUUACUCAAGGUUCCAAUGAACAGUGAGGACAGGAAGUUGCAUUAUGUGAACUUCCUGAAGGCAUUUGACCACGGGACAGGGAAGGGGUGUGAGCACCCCCCUAGGCCCUGUGGAUCCCCUGAUCCAGCCGAGAGUCUGGAGUGGCUCAGUCCUGGGAGAGCUGCUGGUAGGAUACGGGAACUGGUCACAUCGAUGGAUAUACUCCACAAGGCCUUCUCUGCCUUAGACAGGAGUGGGAACGGGGCGGUCCCCCCUUUGGAGUUCCGGCGGGUGCUGGGCCAUUUCUGUGCCCGCCUCUCGGACCCCCAGUUCAGAUUCCUGCUCGACAGAAUGAAGCUGAGCUGGGAUAACUACACGGUGUACUGGAGAGACUUCCUCAACCAGUUCAACCUAUGCAACCUGAUCUUCGAGAGGGUGUGGGAGAAGCUGCCAGUGAAUGUGCUGGGGGAUCUGGAGUACAGGGAGUUCCUGAAGCACGCCAGGGGAACUGUUGCGAUAAGGGACAAGACCACAGACCCAGAGGACAUCUGUCCCCUGAAAUCCGCAUCACCAUCAUCCCCUGGGCUCAUAGAUAUGAUGUCACCAUCACCACCAUCCCCUGGCCCCAUAGAUAUGUCAUCUUCCCCACUAGCUCUACAGAGGCCAAAGACUACAGGCCUCAUCCUCCAAUGCUCAAAGUCGGAGGUGGGUGUGUCCAGCAGGGCCAGGCGUCUGUCCACGGCGGGGUUGGAGAAGAUCCCCGCCCAAUGGGCUACUAACAUUAGCAUUAAGCAGGGCCCCAAGCCUCACCAGAGUGAGUGGACAGCCCAGAAUGUGUUUGCAUUCGGUGAAGAGUCGGGGAGGUACUCAGAUCCAGACUCAGAUUGCGGAGAGGAAACUAACGUCCGUGGGCGUGGCGUAGUGUUUGGCAAGAGCAAGGAGUCUGGACAGUGUGUGGAAGCCAUGCUGAGGCUCUAUGACCCGGUCCAGCAGUUCUGGCGCUCCAUGAGGCAAAACUUUGUUACUUUCGACCACAACCGCAGUGGCAAAAUCUCCAUGAAGGAAUUCAUAAAGGUGCUAAGGCAGUUCAGAGUGAACCUACCCGAGGAGGAAUUCUUCCACCUCACCUCUUUCUUUGACAAAAACACCACGGGGAAGUUCUCCUGCAAUGACUUCCUACACUGA